UUUUUUUUUCUUCCCAAUUCCAUUAUAAAUCUCAUGCCUCCUUCUAUCAUUCAAAUUCAAAUGCGAUUCCAUCCACUGAACAAGUAGUAACUGUUACUUUUGUAUUGGAGAAUGGAACCAUCGAAUCGAAUUUCUUCCACCUCUCGAAUAUCCAGGUUGAGAUCUUCCUUCCUCAAGAACCUUCCCGAGCCUCUCCGUCGCGCCGUCGCCGAUUGCCUCUCCUCUCCCCUCACCUCCGCCGUCGAAUCUUCCAGGAUCCUUCGGGACUAUCUGGCAGACCCUGCAACCACAGACUUGGCUUACAGUGCAAUUUUGGGACACACUAUAGCAGAGAGGGAGAGAAGUCCUGCUGUAGUCUCAAGGUGUGUGGCACUUUUCAAACGCUAUCUUCUAAGAUACAAACCAAGUGAGGAGAUUUUACAUCAGAUAGAACAAUUUUGUUCAACCAUUAUUGCUGAAUGUGAUAUUAAUCUGCAUCGACCAUGGUCAAGAUCUUUGAAUCAACAAACUGGUGUAUUAGCGUCAUCCACAAAUACAUCUCCUUUGCCUGUAUCUAGUUUUACUUCUGAGGCAAUUGUGAAAUCACUGAGUUACGUACGCUCCCUUGUGGCUCAACACAUUCCGAAGAGGCUUUUUCAACUAGCUUCAUUUUCUGGAUCACCUUCUGCGUCAGGACAAUCGUUGCCAACAUUGUCAUCAUUGUUGAGUAAAUCCUUCAAUUCCCAACUAUAUCCGGCAAGUGUCCCAGAAUCAGCAGAGAAGGAUUCAGUCACUUCAUCUAUUUCAAAGCUAUCAAAAAUUGAUGAAAAAGAUGAACUUGGGUUCAUUGCGCAUGAUAUUCUACAAUGGCGCUGGCUUGAGGAACAGCAGUCAUCAUCAAUGGAAGCUGACAGUGAUCAUGCUGUGAAUUCACAAGGCAUGAGAGCAUAUAAUUUCUUAGAAGUAGGUGCUGCAGCUCUACUUGAAGGAGACAUUGAAGCUAAGAUGAAGGGGCAACCAUGGAAACAUUUUGGGACUGAUGAUAUGCCUUACCUGGAUCAGCUAUUGCAGUCUUCUCCAGUAACAUCAUUUACUAAUUCUGCCUCUGCUUGUCCUCCCCUGAGAGCAAUAACAGCAUCUAAACGCACAAAAGCAGGCCCGCAUCAAGUUUGGGAGGAUUUUCCUGUGAGUACAUUCCGUCCUCGAGCUCGACAACUCUUUCAAUAUCGAUAUUACAGUGAGCAACAACCUUUGCGAUUGAACCCUGCUGAGGUAUGUGAAGUCAUUGUUGCUGUUUGCACAGAGCCUUCCCCAAAUACCAAUGUCAUGAUGAAGUCAACUAGGCUAACCAAUAACAGUGGAAAACCAUCAAUGGAUGUGGCUGUUAGCGUCCUUAUUAAACUUGUUAUUGACAUGUAUAUUUUUGAUUCUCAGAUUGCUACACCACUCACUCUUUCUUUGCUUGAGGAGAUGCUUAGUUCUUCUAAAACAGCUUGCAGGGUUCAAGCGUUUGAUUUAAUUCUAAAUUUUGCGGUUCAUGGUCAUCUCCUAGAACCAAUCAUAGCUGAUGAUGCUUCCACAAUUGAAGAAGAAUAUUCUCAAGAAUCCUAUUAUGAUAGUGACACUCAACUUAUGGUCCAAGGGAGCAGAAAAGGAAAUCAGAACAAAUUGGACACUUUCUCUGCAAUUGAUAAUUUCGAGUCUUGGAUUUUAAAUAUUUUGUAUGAGAUACUCCUUCUUCUUGUGCAGACUGAAGAACAGGAGGAAUCUGUCUGGGCAUCUGCACUCAGUUGUUUACUUUAUUUUGUCUGUGAUAACGGAAAGAUCCUCAGAAACCGAUUGCAAGUUCUUGACAUAAGGGUUAUCAAAUCACUUAUAGAAACCAGCAGGAAGAAUUCAUGGGCAGAAUUAGUUCAUUGUAAGCUCAUUUCGAUGUUAGCUAACAUGUUAUAUGAAGUUCCCGAUGAAGCUGUUGAGCUCCUACCUAGCACACCAAAGUUUCUCAUGAAUCAGCUUGAUCUGAUUGGAGGAGUUCAAUUUCUUUUUUGUGAGUAUGCCCUUGUAAACUCAAGAGAAGAGAGGAAAAAUCUGUAUUCGGUGCUUUUUGACUAUGUUUUGCAUCAAAUUAAUGAAACUUGUGUAGCGACUGGAAUCAAUGAAUAUAGUGAUGAUGAGAUCCGACCACUUGCAACUCUACUUGCUCGAACAAAUGCAGCUGAGGCAUUUCAUAUUUCUGUUAAACUUGGGGUAGAAGGAAUUGGAGAGCUUUUGAGGAGAUCAAUUGCAUCUGCUCUGUUGAGACAUCCCAACAGUGAACGGCUGAAUAUGCUCUUGGAAAUUGUGACAGAGAAAUUUGACGCAUUAAUAAGUUCAUUCACUCAUUUGGAUGGAGAGUUCUCUCAUAUGAUUCAGAUAACCAAAACUCACAAGUCUCUUGAAAAUGUGGAAAUUAUUGCUCUAAGAAAUGACAUCAAUCUGCAGAGAAACCUCUCGUGGGCGACUUUACAUUCCCUUCUUCAUUCUGAAAGAAUUGCUUACCGUCAGAAUGGGUAUAUCUGGUUAGGUGAUCUGCUUAUUGCUGAAAUCAGCGGGGAAAGAAAUGAAACCAUAUGGGCAAAUAUAAAAUAUUUCCAGCAAAAAAUUGCUCAAGUAGGAAAACAAGAUUCUUCAGAUAUGUCAGAUAUUCCUUUGCCCAUUUCACUUAUGUGUGGGCUUUUAAAAUCAAAACACAACUAUAUUAGAUGGGGAUAUUUAUUUGUUCUUGAAAGGCUGCUUAUGAGAUGCAAAUUUUUGUUAGAUGAAUAUGAAAUGCAACAAUCAAGGAGCAGUGAUCUUGGGUGCAGGCAGAAAGAUUGGCAUCUUGAGAAAGCCUAUGCAUUGAUUGACAUAAUGAGCAGUGCUUUGUUGUUUCAGAUAAACGAAAAAGAUUGCACCAAUAAGUAUGAAACAGAUCGCAUCAAUAUUCUGAAAAUGUGUGACAUAUUAUUAUCCCAAUUAUGCCUGAGAGUUCCCCGUGCCCUUAAACAAGAUACUUAUCUCUUGGAUGAAUCUAAUGAGCAAAAAGCUGGUGGAAGAUCAAACUACCCUGAUAACUAUCAUCUUCUUCGGGAGACUGCAGCAAUGGCAGCACUUCUUCUCCAAGGACAAGCCAUUGCCCCAAUGCAAUUAAUUGCGCGCAUUCCUCCUGAUUUGCUAUUUUGGCCACUAAUGCAAUUGGCUGGAGCAGCAACAGAUGAUAUUGCAUUGGGUGUUGCUGUUGGAAGUAAGGGAAGAGGAAACCUACCUGGUGCUGCAUCUGAUAUUCGGGCCACCCUUCUCCUACUUCUUAUUGGUAAAUGCACGGCAGAUCCUGUUGCUUUCAAGGAAGUUGGUAAAGAACGUUUUUUUAUGGAACUUUUGAAUGACAGAGAUUCAAGGGUGGCAUAUUAUUCUUCUGCUUUUCUAUUGAAGCGAAUGAUGACCGAGUAUCCUGAAAAAUAUCAACACAUGCUUGAGAAUCUUCUUGUUAAAGCUCAGCAGAGCAACAAUGAAAAACUGUUAGAGAAUCCUUACCUUCAAAUGCGUGGCAUACUUCAAUUGGCAAAUGAUCUUGGAUUUGACUUGUGAUGUUUGAGUCAUGACUUUAUGGAGUGCGAUAUUGGUUUGGAGUAGACUCGUGUUGGUCUAAGGAAUAAUUGCAACUGAUUCUGAGGAUCAUUCAGUAUCUAUCCUUUAAAUGACCGAGAUUGCCACACUAGCUGGGACAUAUUCUUUUAAAGCUUCCUUGCAGAAACCAAAUUGUGAUUUAUUUUCAAAAUGGUUGAAUAGAAUCUAGUGGUGGCCAGUGGUGCUACUCUUUGUGGGCCAUGUUGAUAUCUGCAAUCGUGUCACCAACGACAGCAUGUCUUUCAACCACUGAAAGAGAGUUUACUUGGGAAAAAUUAUUAAAAUGUGCUCUUCUGCUUAAGAAGUUUGGCUAAAAGGCUAGUGAAAGCAAGUGUUGUCUCCGGGAAUAAUUUGAAUAUCUUUGAUUUUGGUUCAGAUGCUGAAACAUUGCUGAUCUAUGCCUCAACAUGUCCUCAGGUACCUUUCUCUCCCUCCCACUUUCUCUUGCUUUGGUGUUGUUCAAUAUGAAAUCCAUAGGGACUCUGCAGGACUUUGAUCAAUAAAUACCCUGCCCCCUUCAAUUUUAGAACACAAUUUUCGGUGAAGAGAAGUUUAGUUCUUUUGGUAAUUGUCAAUAGAUUGGCUAAACUUUUGUGAUAUACAAGGUCACUUUUUGAUUUACGCUUCAUCUUCAUAAGUGAAAAAGUGGCCACACGUUGAACAGAGCUCUAGACUUUUAGAAAGCACAGAUGACAUGGGACAUGAAUAUGAUAUGACACAAACACGUGGACACAGAAAUGUUUUAAAAAUCACAGCCUUCACAGGACAUGACUUGACUAUAAUUCAAUAUAUAAAAUUAAUAUAAAAGAUGAAUUUGAAAUUAAAAGAGAGAAGUAAUAAAAUGUUAUAGUUUAUCUAAUUAUUGUGGUAUUUUCUUCGGUAUUAUUAUAAAAGUUCAUGAAACAAGUUAAAAAAAUUCUAAAAUGCAGUUAGGAGUAUCCGUAGUGUGUUUGGGUAUCCAGUUGCACCCUUUUAAACAGAGGUUUCACACAUUCCUAUGCACAAACUUAGAAGGAAAGGAAAUAUGAAUUGGUGUUCUGUUCAACAGAAUAGGUUUCCAAAUACGCACUUACAGUUUGAAGUGUUUUCUGGUUAAUCUUUAAAGUUGUAUCGAAAUAUUAAGAAAAAUAUUCUGUGAACAUUGUCAGUAUAAUCACUUUUCAACAUGAUCCUUUCACAGGGGCCAUCAUGCGAUUGGGAUGCCUACUUUUAGAGGUAUCCAAAUUGUUCCCCUUCUGUUCUGUAAUUAUGUGCUCCUUAAUUUAUUUUCUCAAUUUCUUUAUGAUUUUAUCGAGAAAAAUUGUAACAUGUAUUGAGAAAUUACCGUGUAUAUAUAUAAAUAUAUAGACACACAGGGUCUUAUAGUGGAAUAGUGGAGGGCAGUUCGUUAUGUAAUUUGAUAUAUAAUUUCUUGUUUCUUUUAUUA